AUGGUGAUUCGUGAACAGGUGGGCGACAUGGGGAAUCGGUGCGAUUUCUUGGAGUGGCUCGGCUCGGAUACGUCCACCGCCGUUCUCGCCUGCUUGGACGACCCCGCCGACAUCGUCCGCGCCAGCUCCGUCUCCCGCGCCUGGCGGCGCUUCGGUGAGGCCUCUCGCCUCCGCUCCUCCCCUUCUCAUCAUGCCUGCCCCUCUUGGCUCUGUGUCAUUCCACCGGUGCCUCUUCGGUUCCUCGUCUUUUGAAGGAAAAAAAACACGAGACCUCCUUUAUCAUUCGUUUGAUGCCCAGGAACCAACCGAUCUGGUCGCGGUUACGAAAUGACUGUUGAUGAUUUCCUGGCAACUAAGAUGUUGACCCGGCAGUGUGAUUUCGAACGGAGUUUUGCCGAUGAGUCAGAAUAACGAGGUUGAAGAAAAUUUUUACCUUUGAUUUGGGAAAAUGUGGAAGGAGAAGUCGGUUCCAGAAAUCGUUUCUCACGGCGUCACAACUCCGGGUUGUCUCUUUGAUGUCUCAGUCUCCAGGCUUUGUUCUGGUUUUCAUAGAUCAGUGGGAUGGAAAUGGAUGAAUUUUAAUUCACUCUUGUAGGGAGAAAAAAAUGCAUUUACACCUUGCAUUUUCCCAGAAAUACUAAUAUUCUCAAGGAUAUUGUGACCUAAGAAAUUUUUCGGUUUGAUGUUCUUGUUUUUGGAGAGGAUUUUUGGAAAUUAUUGGCUCCAUAUUAAACAGCUUCGGAGACUAAAAUACAUGGGACCAACGGUAAAAGACUGCUAUUAAUAAACAGAUCAGCUGGUGAAAGAAAAUAGGAUUGGCAAUGGUCUGUUAGCAUUCCCCAUUCUUGGCUGAGAAAAGUUUGUUUGGUCCUGGGAAAAGAAGGUAAUUGAAUUCUAUCUUUCUUGUGUGGUGGAUUUUCCUUUUCUAAAACUAUCCUCUUUACCUCUGGAAUAAAUUUUCAAACGGCACUUUGGCCAUGAGUGAAUAAUCUAGGAGAGCCUUUGAUUCAAUGGUUGAUUUUGUAUUAUAAAUCAAUUAUGCUUCAAACGUUUUGUUGUGUGUCCGUCUUGUUGACAUCUCAAAGUUUAGAGCAUAUAGUAUAUGUUAUAUGUUUUAGACCAUAAACUUCUUGAUAACAUUAGAACUUUGGAAAGAAAAUAUUUGAAAUAAUUUUUCAGACCCCAAUAACCAACACAGCCAACCUUGGAACUUCAGUUGAUUUUAGUCGCGUGGGUAGGUUUACAUAUAUAUCUUUGCAUUUAUGUUUAUGUGCCCUUAUUUAACUUUUAAAGAUGUCGUGUUUCCCUUUAUCAAUGAUAAUACCAAAGACCUUGAUCGUAGUCAUCAGUGACACCUGUCCUGAGUGGCUAUCUUUUGGAGGGCAGCCUUAUGACUUGAUUGGAAAAUAAUUUAUUCAUUAGAUGUGUAUUCUCACAAGGAACUCGGUAAAGUGAAACAAUAAUCUUCGAUAUCUUCUGCCCAGGUAAUCUAAGAGAUGCCGAUGUCCUGAGAUUGAUGAUAAUUUGUUGAAGUUGAGGACUAAAGAGGCUGGUGGCUUAUCCUGUAUGCGAUUCGUUGGGUAAUGUAGGAUGAGGGGAGCAAUCGGACGUUCAGGAAACAAAGUCAGCAAGUAGAGAAUGUCAUCACUACCUUUUAUGAUACAGUGAGGGAGUGUCCUGACUUGUUGUUUGGGGAGUGAUGCACCCUUUCAGUUUGGGAGCGUUGAGUGUUUAAUACUGUCUUCACUAUCUUUGUGUGCCCUCUUGAGCUUAGGUACAGGGCUCUAUGAGGGCGAAUGUAUAAACCUUUUUCUCUUUGAACUUCUAUGAAUAUUCACUCUAAAAAAUGAAACAGAUCCAAGGUUGUGUACUGGCCUCGUCUAUUUUCUUAUCAGGUGUAUUUCCUGUCUUGUUUUGUUUCAACAUUUUUCUGUGAUUUUUUUCUAGGUGGAAUGCAUACACUUGAAUUCAUAUUUCGUCAUCUUGCUUUGCUCAUGAAAUCACGUUGCCAUUAUGUCCGGACAUAAUUUAUCAUCUAUUGUCCGGGUGAUGUACUCACUUCUCUUGCCAAAAAAACCUGCAACUUUGUCCUCUUCAUCUACCGGAAAUAGUUUAUUGAGACAUGCUGCUGUAAUCUUGAGUGUUUUCUUUUCUAUGUGAGGCUGUGUGACUGAUAUAGUAGGGGAUUGACUUGAAUUUCUAAUUUCUGGAUUUUUUUCUGAACACUGAAAAUCAUGAAUGCCUUACUGGUGUGGUUCAAAACUACCAAAGUUUUCCAUAUUCUUGUGUUUUUUUCUAAGGGAUGGCCUGAAAAUGGAUUUCAUGCGAUCGCUUCUUGUACAUCAGCUUGUUUUGGUUUGAUAUCAAGAUAUAUCUCUUAAUAUCCUCUUCUGCUUAUCUUGUCUUAACGUACUCGGGAUGAUGGUUAUGGGAGUUUUUGUGGAUGGUAUGCUAAAAGUAGAACUUUUUUCUUUCUGGAUCUCAGUUAUUUCAAAUGGGUUCUGUAAGAAGUUGUGCCAGAGAAUGUACCCAGAGGUGUCAAAUCUGACCCGCAUUGUUGAAGUGAGCAACUCUAGCGAUCCUGUAGAAUUAGCAUCUGGCAGCUCCGACGAAUGGGGAGGUCUUCUCAGAGAACACAGAACAUAUACCUCCUUGAUUCGCCAUCUUAUUUCUACUGAAUCAAGAAGGGAUAUCAUGCUAGAGCCUGUUGGUGCAUCGAGCACUGAUAAUUAUCCUGACGAGAGUAUCGAUAACACAUUGGAGCCUAGCGAUCGGAUGGACGCAAUUCCUUCCUACUGGUCAAGCGGUGGGUCUAGAGAUCCUGAUGCCCCUGAGACUCUCACCUACAAGCUGAGCUCAAGGCUUUGUGUGGUUCAUGAGAUAAAACUGCGGCCGUUCCAAGGUUAGCUCGCCAAUGAUCAGAGAAACUCGAUCCUACCAGCUUUCGACUGAUUUUCUUUUCACGUUUUCAUUCUUUUAAAAAUGAUUCUGUAUAUUUCGUCUCAGCAUAUUUCCAGCCGGGGGAUCCCAUAUACUCUGCAAAAGCUGUGCGAUUUAGGAUGGGACAUUCCAAACCAGAGCCAAAUUACUCACAAAAUUCCGGGGAAGCAUCAUUAAAAGAUUCUAAUGACUUUGUUUGGACGCAUGUUUCCCCAGUGUUUCCAAUGGCACAGGUGAUUUCACUGCUGUAGUUCUCCCUUUCAUGAUCGUCCGGAUAGUUUGAUUCAUCAUGGGCUAGAGCAGAUUAGUUAUCUUCUGUCAAUAAUCCCUUACUGAUUAUUUAUGGAUUUUUUUUUGAUAUAAUUUCUGUGAAUUAGAAAGCUCAGCAUGCUCAAUUUACAUUGUCCCUCGUAUUGGCUAUUUGUGGAAGUCAACAUGUGAUUUGAUGAAUUUCUCGUCAAGGUGUAUUUUUUUUUUCCUUGUACAUUUUUCUCUUCUACCAAAACAACAUCACACUUCCCUGAUACCACCUUGGAAUAUUACAAAAACUGGAGCAGGAGGACCACAUUUCAUACCACAAUAAGCACCUCUGUCCCUGCUUGUGGUUGCUAUUUGUGUUAGUUUCUCUGCCCAUUGGGGUCCCUUUUCUCCCAUGGCUGUGGCUUCUUCACCCACCAUCUGCUUGGGCCACCGCCAGACCUCUCAGGUUCGUUGACUUAACCUGGUGGUUGACUCAUCUAGGAAUGAGGAUGGAUCAGCAGCCCAACCCAUACCAGCCGAUUCCUGGGAGACUGAUCCAGCGUUGACUGGCUGCCUCAAAUGAGUUGCUGUAAGACGAGGAUAUGAGAAAACCUUGGAUCAACAAAAUUGGCUGAUUUGAGCAGGAAUUUUGCAAUGUCUGGAGACACAAGAAUAAAAUCAUCUGCUGGUUGUGUUCUUCUCUUCCUCUUCUAUUCUAGGAUUUACCCCCAAAGUUUUUCAUAGUUUUCUCCUGUCGUCAAGUCAAACAGGACUUGUUGGUAGGUGAUCUUAGCUUUCAGAAGAUUUUUUUUCCAGUUUGGGUGUGUAAAUCACGGAUUCAGGGGAUGGGUUCCUUAAGAAAGUAGAUGAACUCCAUCGAUUUUUCUAUAAUCGGAAUCUGAUAAUAUUCCUGCUUCAUCAGGCCAAUGUACUGCAGUCCUUCAAGCUUCCAAGGCCAGUUCUGUGCAUCGGCGGGGCGCUGCAGAUUGAGCUGCUGGGGAGGGUCCAGAAGCAAGAAAUGGACAAUAUGUACUACAUAUGGUACGUCUCAUCUGCCAUGGAUUACUGUUCUUAUGAGGAGAGCACGUCCCCCCCCUGCAACUGGGUUUCUCAAUGUUUUAUUCGCUGUUCUUCUCAUUAGGGUUCUUCGGGACCUGCAAAAAAGCUCACUCCUCUUGAGAUGUCUUCGGUGAAUUGCUUCAGCGUGUGCCACGUGAAGGUGAUCGGCAACCCGCUCUUCCCCAGGUUCGACGCCGACGUCCUCAACGACGUCGGCGAGGCGGUGCUCAAGUACUACCCGGACGCCACCGGCGGGGACGCGGAGGCGGCGGCGGAGAACGGGGCGGAGGGCCCCUCCGGCUGGCACGCCUUCGCAGAGAGAUUCCGGCAGAUGGGGGCCGGCGGAGCUUGGAACCACGCUCUGCUCAAUGCAUUCCUCGGCAACGUGCACGUCGAAGAAGACGCCGACAGCGACGAAGACUACGGCGGGGAGGAGCUCUUCGAGGACUGA